AUGCUUUUAAAAAGUCUCUUUAGAUUUUGCUCAUUAAAGAGGUACAAUUUCUAGGAUAUUCUGAUGUUGUAGAGAUUUUCAUAAGAGGAAAGUAAAAACCUUAAUCUCAAGUAAGAGGUUUUAUUUUUCUACUUCCACAGCAAGAAGGUGUUCAUCAAAGCUGAAGGGACUGUUCUUGAACUCCAAUAGGCCAUCAGGAAAUAGAUCGAUGAUGUGAAGAGUGUUGGAGUAUAUUAAUAAACAACGAAUGAUGAAUAAGUUGAAUAUGCAUCCUCCACGCCCAUGCAAUUGGUUUUGGCAGAAGACAUGGUUUUAAGAUUGAACUAGACAGAAAACUACAUAAUACUUAAUAAAGUAGAUAAUCCUCCGGUAAUUGAUUUGAUUGAUAACUAUCCAAUCACAUAACAUGCAUUGCAUGAAUAUUUCUAAGAAAUUGAUGUGCCUUAAAGAACAAAGGUUGUGUUGAGCAAUUUUAUCUAAAAACUAUUGUCUGAAAUCGAGAAACAUAAGGAGUUGACUUAUGAUAAGGAUUUGAUAAUGUUGAUAAUAAAGAAGGUGAUAAUGAAAUUGGGUAUAUACUCUCAGGCACAGAAGCAGGUAAUUGAUGAGUAGAUUUCAUUCCUGGAAGGCAAAUAGAAUCGGUUAGCUCAUUUGAAGGAUUCCAUCAUAAAGGAGUUGGAAAUGAAGGAAUAGACUACUUUGUAUUAGAUUUACUUUUACAUUCUCAUGCAAAUAGCAUUUACUCAAUAUGGAACAUAUGUGGUUUGGGGUUGGGAUGUGAUGGAGCCUGUGACUUUUAUGCUCGGAGUCACUGACAUGAUUAUCGCCUAUUAGUUUUGGAUGAAAACGACUAAGGCCUAUACAUUUGGAAAUGUAUUAUAGAAUGCUGUGAAUAAACAUUUGAGUAAACGACUGGCUGAAUAAUUUAAUUAUGCAGAUGAAUUGAAUGAUGUUAAUAGAAUGAUAGAAUAUUUGAAAUUUAAGUAGAUGGUUUAUAGCAGUGAUAUUUACGAGGUGAUAAGUGUAAUAGAGGGAGCCAUUGAGGAGAAAUAAGCAAAGUUAUAGGCAUAAGAGGAGGAAGAGGAAUAAUUGAGAUCAAUAUUCUAUCAUUGA